AUAAAUCCUGUCAAUCCUAAUAUUUCGUUAUCGAAUCUUGAUUUAACUGUUUACAUAUCUAAUAUGGUUCGUUUCAGUUCUUUAUUCCUGUAGUAAUUAUUGUCUAUAAAUCAUUUUUAGCUCUAUACGAACAUCUGACCAUAGCAUCCUCGAUGGCAGACACUACUAGCGAAUUAGAUGAAACGCCGAGCAUCGAGUGCUUUCAGAACUAUACCGCGCCCGAGGUGUUCAUACAGGGUAUAGCCGGUAUUGUAAACCAGGAAGACGUGGAGUCCAUGAUCAUUGCCCAAAAAGAGAUGUUGCAGCGUUUUGAGAAGACCAACGAAAUGCUCACCAAUUGCAAUGCGUUAUCUAUGAGUCACCUAAAAACCACAAGUCAGGAACUAAAGAAGCACACUCAAAUGUUGACAGAGUUACGCAAAGACUUAGAUAGUACAUUUAAAAGGAUAGCCACGAUCAGGUCCAAGAUUAAAGUCCAAUAUCCAGACUUCCAAAAAAGUAUUUUAGAAGAAAAGCAAAAAGAGCUAGAACAAAAGCCUGCUGAUAGUUCAUCUAGUGGUAGCGCAAGUACCGCAUCUCCGUAUAAUUCCGAUACAAAUUAAAAUUCAUUUUUUAUUUCAUCAAAAUUUUUAGUCAUGAUCUCAGUAAAUUUAUCAUAACAAUUUUAAUAUAUGCUGUA